AUGGCGGAUCUUACUGAGGAAGUAAUGGACAGUGAGUUGGACACUAGCUUCGAAAAGGCGAGCAAAUUUCUCGAGCACAGUACGGAACUUUUCAAGCAGGAGCAGCUGUUACAGUUCUAUGGAUUGUACAAGCAGGCAACCGUGGGGCCGUGUAAUAUUUCAAAACCCGCAAUUUAUAGCAUGGCGGCACGUGCUAAAUGGUACGCCUGGGACAAAGUAAAAGCUCUCGAUACGAUGGAAGCUAAAAAAGACUAUGUUCGGCUAAUGGAUCAGCUUGCACCGAACUGGUGCGAAAACAGCUCCAGUGAAGCGGCUUGGGUGUCCGUUUCUCGGCCGAAACGUUUGUCGGAAAGCUUACCGGAUGAAACGAACAAAUCACUGAUCGAUCGUAUCAAGGAAGACGACGUGAACGGCGUGCGGAAUAUGAUCACGAAUGGAGACAGUUCGGCUUCCGUGAACGUGCUCGACCAUGAAGGGCUCGCCGCUAUACACUGGGCAGCAGAUCGUGGAAAUGUAGAUAUUCUCGCCAUUUUGCUUACCAUCGAUGGAAUUGAUAUCAAUCUGCGGGGCGGUGACGGCCAGACGGCAUUGCACUAUGCGUCCAGCUGUGGCAACAUCGAAUGCCUGAAGCUGCUUCUUAAACACGGUGCAGACCGAAGCAUCAGGGAUGAGGAGGGAGAAACAUGCAGUGACGUUGCUUAUAAUCAGGUAAUAAAAGCUUGCCUCAUGUGAUUAAAAACGA